GGCGAUCAACGUGAAGAUUCAGACCACGACAUUUAUUCACAUACUGCGCGCAAAGCUCGUUUAACAACGAUUCCUUCAUCUGCGACACAUUCUCUACGACUCGUCAGACGCUACAUUCAUUCACAUCUUCACCGCGAUGGGCCUCACCAAGGUCAAACACAUCAUCCUGGUCCUCUCAGGCAAAGGAGGAGUAGGCAAAUCUUCAGUCACCACACAAUUAGCAUUGUCGCUCGCUUCAGCCGGUCACUCUGUCGGUAUUCUCGAUGUCGAUUUAACCGGCCCUUCAAUCCCCCGCAUGCUCUCAAUCGAAGAGUCAAAGGUCACACAAGUACCAGGAGGAUGGGCGCCCGUGUUAGUACAUGAAGGAGACUCAUCCAAAGGUCUCGGGUCUCUACACGCGAUGAGUCUAGGCUUCCUCCUCCCAAAGCGAGGCGACGCAGUUGUUUGGAGAGGACCAAAAAAGACAGCAAUGAUCCGACAAUUCCUCAAAGACGUACUCUGGGAUGAAACCGACUUUCUACUCAUCGACACACCACCCGGAACAAGCGACGAACAUAUAUCCCUCGCCGAAACGCUCCAAAAGGACGCACUGCCCGGCCAGGUCGCGGGCGCAGUAGUAGUCACAACACCCCAAGCCGUCGCGACAGCCGACGUACGAAAAGAGCUCAACUUUUGCACCAAGACCAACAUACGGGUAUUAGGAGUCGUGGAAAACAUGAGCGGCUACGUGUGUCCGCAUUGUUCCGAGUGCACCGACAUAUUCGGGUCAGGAGGAGGGAAGAGCAUGGCGGAGGAGUUCAAGGUUCCGUUCCUGGGGAGUGUUCCGAUGGAUGCGCAGUUCAUUUCUCUGGUUGAGGAAGGUAGACGACCUACUUACCCGUCUGGUACGACGGUGAAUGGGAAGGAUAUUUCGGGGACGAACGGUGAGGGAGAGGGAGAGAGUUUGGUUGAUAAGUACCGGGAUUGUUCAUUGUUUCAUGUUUUUGGAGAUAUUACAGAAAAGGUCAUGACAAACGUGGCUAAUUGAUCCACUCAUGUCUGCGACCAACAUCAGGCAAUUGGCUGUUGAGUGAGUGUUUGUGUCUGUCUGUCUUGAAUGCCUGCAAGUCUGUCGUUUGAGUGUCUCAUCACAAGCAACUUCAACGGCAUUGACUCACCCAGGCACAUGCAUUUACGAAUAAAGCCAUAAUUGGCUCACUGCAGACUCACAGCCUCUUCAAUGUGCAUCUCUUCCAAGAAAGUUACAAU